AUGGCCAAGCAGGAGUCGGCCCUGCCGCUACCGGCAGUGGCUCCAGACGGCGCUGAAGCCCCCCUGCCCCGGGCAGCACCGGGGGGCACGCACCACGGCUCCCAGCCCCCCGAUGCGCCGGCCCGGCCCACGGCCCCGGCGAAGAGCACCGAGGAGGGCAAGCUGCUCCCCUCCCGCCGCAGCUCCAUCCUCAGCACCCUCAACGCGCCCUUCGCCAGCCGCCGGAGCUCGCUCGGCGCGGCGCCCGGGGGCAAGCGCCCCGCUGCCGGCCCUUGGAUGCUCCACAGCCGCGUCAGCUUCUCGGGGCUCCCCCUUUUCCAGCCCAUCCAGGAGACUCGCUACGAGAACACCUACAAGAUGCAGCCAGACGAGGGCUGCAAGUUCAAUGCCUGCCGGGUGCAGCGGGUGCUGGAGUCGGCCCUGGCCAGCUCGCUGGGGGAUGUGGUGUACGGCGCCCAGAGCGGCACCCAGCUGGCCCACAGCCUGGCCGACCUUGUGCGGAGCCGGGCGAAGGAGGUGGUGCCGCCCCGCUACAAGCUUGUCUGCCAUGUGCUGCUGGGCCAGCGGGGCCAGCAGAGCAUGCUCGUGGCCAGCCGGGCGCUGUGGGACCCCCAGAGCGACAGCUUCGCCUCGGCCACCUUCUCCAACGCCUCCCUCUUUGCCGUGGCCACGGUGCAUGGGCUCUACUUUGAGUAG